GGCCUAGACCCUUCAUCAGAGACUCUGCAGUCUGUUCCCUCUAGUGGGAUCUUUGAAAAUAAAACAGUAAGACUGGUUGAAAUCUGUCUUUACCCCCGCACUAUGGCUGACACGACUCCAGUCCGGCAGAACCACAGCUUUGAUGAAGAGGCAGUGGAGAGAGUUCUGUCUGCGCGGAUCCCAGGGUUUCCACAAGAGCCGCAUCAACCUUUUAUCGUCAGGCAGUACAGAUGGGGACAGUCCAACCCAACAUUCUAUUUGCAGAAGGGAGACAAAGCGUAUGUACUGAGGAAGAGACCCCCUGGGACGCUGCUGAAAGGAGCACAUCAGGUGGGUAGAGAAUAUCAGGUGCAAAAGGCAUUAUUUGAUGUUGGGUUUCCUGUACCGAAGCCAUUGGUGUUCGUAGAUGACCAUUCCAUCGCAGGCACUGACUUCUACGUGAUGGAGUGUGUGCAGGGACGUAUAUUUCGAGACCUGAGUCUUCCGGGGGUGAAGCCUGCAGAACGGUCUGCACUUUACUUGGCCAUGAUGGCAACAAUUGCUCGACUUCACUGCAUUGACUGGAGAGCACUGGGACUACAGGGCUAUGGCAAAGACCACAGUUACUCCAAGAGACAGGUAUUAACAUGGACAGCGCAGUAUAAGGCAGCUGCUUCUGCUGAUGUUACUGCCAUGAAAAAGCUCUCGGAAUGGUUGCUCAACAAUUUACCGGAUAAUGAGCUGGAGGCAGUGAUAGUCCAUGGUGACCUCCGGAUUGACAACUUCAUAUUUCACCCCACUGAGGCUCGAGUCGUUGCUCUGUUAGACUGGGAGCUCUCCACCAUUGGCAAUCCUAUUGCUGACCUGGCUUAUGCCUGUAUGCCUUUCUACUGGCCCAGUGGAAUUCCCUUCCCAGGACAUAACGGUGAAUUUGUCUUUCAGGAAGUGGAGGGAAUCCCAUCUUGUGGAGAGCUCAUCUCUACGUACAGCCGCUGCCGAGGUUUGUCUAUUCCUCUGUCCAAUUGGAACUUCUUCCUGGCUCUGUCCUUUUUCAAAGUUGCCUCCAUUCUGCAGGGCGUGUACGCUCGAUCAUUGCUCGGAAACGCCAGCGCUGAGGAUGCGCAUGUUUAUGGUGAAAGUGUCAAACCUCUGGCAGAAACCGGACUGCAAGCCUGCCAUCGGAAAAUGGAAUCACUGAAGGCGGAUUUCCCCCGGACAAGAGUCACAUUCCAGCUGUCAGUCCUGGGUCAGAGUGUCCUUCAGCAGCUGAGGGAGUUCAGUAAACGGCACCUGUACCCAGCAGAGCAGGAUAUUGCAACGUACUAUGCUGCAAAUGUACAAUCAAUCCUCAGGUGGAAGAAACCUCCCAUUAUAGAGGCAUUGAAGCACAAGGCGAAAGCUGCAGGCCUCUGGAACCUCUUUCUGCCAGCGGUCAGUGGCCUGACUCAGUUGGAUUAUGCUUUCAUUGCUGAAGAAACAGGAAGAUGCUUCUUUGCUCCUGAGAUUUUCAACUGCCAGGCUCCAGACACGGGGAACAUGGAGGUGCUACACCUGUAUGGAACCGAGGAGCAGAAGAAGAAAUGGCUGGAGCCCCUGCUUCAUGGAGAAAUCCAUUCCUGUUUCUGUAUGACAGAGCCGGAUGUGGCUUCCAGUGAUGCCACCAAUGUCGAAUGUAGCAUUCACCGAGAUGGAGAGAGCUAUGUGAUUGUUGGCAAGAAAUGGUGGGCCAGUGGAGCUGGGAAUCCAAACUGUAAAAUUGCUGUUGUCAUGGGCAAGACACAAAAUAAGGACCUUCCCAGGCACAAGCAACACAGCAUGAUUCUUGUUCCCAUGGAUACACCAGGGGUAAAGGUCAUCAGGCCCCUGACAGUAUUUGGAUAUGAUGAUGCCCUCCAUGGUGGACACUUUGAGAUACAUUUCAACAAUGUUCGAGUUCCUAUAUCCAACAUUCUAUUAGGUGAAGGGAGGGGAUUCGAAAUAGCCCAAGGUCGGCUAGGACCUGGACGAAUCCAUCAUUGUAUGAGGACGAUUGGAACAGCCGAACGCGCCUUGGAGCUGCUGUGCCAGCGAGUGGCUCAGAGAAAGACUUUUGGGAAGAAACUUUAUGAACAUGAAGUAAUUGCUCAUUGGAUAGCUGAGUGUCGCAUUGCCAUCGAACAAGCGCGACUGCUUACACUUAAAGCAGCCAGUACAAUUGAUACUUUGGGAAUGGUGCCAGCAAGGAAGGAGAUUGCCAUGAUAAAAGUUGUUGCUCCAAGAAUGGCCUGUAAAGUGGUGGACUGUGCUAUUCAGGUCUAUGGAGCAUGUGGAGUCUCCGAGGAUCUUCCUCUGGCACACAUGUACUCCAUGGUACGCACUCUGCGUAUAGCUGACGGGCCGGAUGAAGUGCAUCUCUCCGCAAUAGCAAAACUGGAGCUGAGGGAGCAGCUGAAAAAUUCCACGGCAAAGCUAUAAAUAAUUGUCAGAAUGCAAGAUCGACCAAGGCUGAGAUAACAUAACAUUGGCCUCCUGUUUUCCAAUGCAGUGAUUGAUUGAAGCAUCAAUUACCGGAAAUAUUGCACAUUGGACAAUGAAUCACCUAACAUAUUAAUCCAGCAUCUGUAUACCAAUUACAUCUUUGUUUCUGCUCCCCAAACACCGCUGUGUUAUAAAUUGGAAAUAACAACCAUUCAUGCAGAGGAGAGUGAUUUAUUUCUUUGUGUUUGGAGCAUAUAUUGGUGGGGAACAAAUGUGUCAGAGGAAGCAAAACUGUUGGCAUGAUGCCGUAAUGAAAUGAUCAAAAGCAUGGUGCAAAUUUGCAUAAUAUAAUUACUGUCAGUAAACUGUGACAAUCCAGGGGACAUAAUGAAAUCCCAUAUCCCUCUUUUUUGAUUAUCUAUCCCAUACAUUAAUCGAUUUGGAGCAGGUAUAGAUGACAGAUUCCGCCAAAACUCUACCCACUGCACCAAACCUGGCAUGUUCUAAUAUAUUAACAACAGCCUGCAUUUAUAAAAUGCCUUUAAUGUGCUGGAGCAUCUAAAGCGUCUUCAUCCAAUAAUUUAGGAUGCCAAGCCUCGUGAAGGCGUGUCAGGCUAGAUGUUUGAAACCGUGGUCGAUGAGGUUGAUUUGAACCAGUCCCUGAAAAGAGAUGAGAGAGAGGUGAAGAGUUUCUGUGCAGUAAACCUUGGAGCCUAGUCAUCUGAAGAUAUGACAGUCAUUGGUGAACUGAUCAAAAUUGGGAGUACAAAUGAGGCCCAGAAUUGGAAAAGCACAGAGAUUUUGAUGAGCUGGGGUAGGUUACAAAGAUGAUUUGAAAAUAAGGACGAGCAUUUUAUAAUUGAGGUGUUGCCAG